AAAGAGGACCUUCUGGGGAUGGGGUGGGCAUGUUUGAGCCCAGUCCCUGACUCCCUCACUCACCUAGGUCUGCAUGGCGUUAGGAGGGAGCCUGAUCCAAGGGACAGAAGCAGAAAGCACAGGAAGCCUGGAAGCCUGCAAUUCUAGACUGAGCUUGGAGCCUGCAGGAGUUUGGGGGUGAAGGCUUUUAGCCUUCCAAGCUGCCUGGAAGGGAGCACGUGAGGUCUGCGGGCAGGGCAAGUAGAAUCCUGACCCUGUGUGAGGUGAGGCUUGGUUGCCAGGCGACUGUCCCAGGGAGCUGUCUGCUGUGAGGAGAACUCUGCUUGCUGUGCUCACCUCUUAGCUACAAGCACCCUGACACUGCUCAUUCCCCUGCACCAUGGCACGGCAGCUUAACUUGGACACUGUGUGGCAAAACUUCUGGAAGGAGGAAUAUCUAAGGGAGAAGAUGUUGCGCUGUGAAUGGCACCGCAAGUAUGGGUUGUUGGUGCGGGCCAAGCAGAAGGCGAAGGCUGCAGCCCGCCUGCCCUUCACACUGCCCACCCUGCAGCCCAAGGCCCCUGUCUUACCACCACCUGUCCCCAAAGCAGCCCCUGCCAAGGUCCCCAGCCCUGUCUCUGAGGCUUCUUUUCAGACAGAAAUGUACCCUGUACUGCCUGCCACUCGGGCUCUGCUGUAUGAAGGCAUCUCCCAUGACUCCCAGGGGCGCUAUCGCUACCUCAACACCCGAAAACUGGACGUGCCAGAGAAGCGCUACCUCUUCCCCAUCACCACCAACUUCACAUAUGGCUGGCAGCUGGGUCCCCCAGCAAAGCAAGAACUGGUGUCCUGCAAGAUGUGCCGCAUAGAGUCAUUCUUCCGGAAGAAUGGGGCCUUUGCAUUUCUGGAUCCCCGGGAUCUGGCCCUCUGACUUUUGGCCAGAGGGAGGCAUGAAGAAAUAACAGGCCUCCUGGUAGGGCCAAGCUGCUGUGUGUUUCUGGUCUGUUCUCCCAGGCCAUGAAGCUGCGGGCUUUCUGACCUGAAGGUCACCUUCUUUGUCUUUUCCUUAACCCCCAUCUCCUUAAUCAUCCCUUCAGGGACCCAGCAAUGCCCAGAGCCCGUCCGCAGGUGUGGGCACUAUUCUAAAGGUGCAGGCUUCUCAGCGCCAGGGGGCCAGAGUAGCUCCUGGAAGUUCUGGGUGUUCCUGGGGAGAGAGUGGCUUGCCAUCCAGAUGCCAGGGAAAAGGGACUGUUAUCACUCCCCACAAAGCUCCCUGCCACCCCUCACCUGGCCCUGAGGGCCCGCAGCCACCGGGUCCUCUCCAGGUGCACUUGUUCUAGCUGCUCCCUCAGGGCGCGACGCUGUCCGGCCGCGUCCUCCUACGCAGGCAGAUGGCUGAGCCAGCGUCGCCCGGCCGGGGUGGCAAGCGCAUCACCCCUCCCGCGCUCUGCCUUCCCCGGGCCGGGUCCUGAAGACCCGGUUGCCUUCUCCCCGGGUCUUGCCUGUGGCGGGAGCUGAGCGGAACUGGGAGGGAGCCCCAGAGGAUGAACCCGGCAGUGGCGGUGGCUUGCCAUGCGCAGCCGUUCCAAGACCUGGAGAGGCGGCAGUCAGCCUGGCGCUCUGCCCGCCCGCCCGCCGGCCGCAGGCGACUAGGUCGGCCCGCGAGCGAACGCACCCGGAGCCGCUGCUGCUCGCGCUCACGCCGCCGCCGCCUCCGGGCCGCGCCGUGCAGCUCCAGCAGCCACUGCAGAGCCGUCUCCCGCUGUGCCGCGCUCACGCCGGCCGGCGCCUUCUCCCCUCCCGGGGGCGCCGGCCACGCAGCCUUCGAGGCUUUGGGGCCCCCAGGGCCGCCCCUACUCUCCCGGAGCGUGCCCGGGAGCCUGGCCUUGCCCACCUCCUGCUCCGCCGGGCGGUGGCCUCCUCCCGGGGGAGCCACGGGGAGCCCCUGCUGCCCACAGCCCUCGGUACUUAGUGCCGCCAGCAUCCCAGCUCCUGGGCCUGGGAGUCGCAGCCAGGCCGGGGACCUGGGGACCGGGAGAGGAGCCCACGCCCCAUCCCGGGCGGCCCCCCGCUUUACCGUGGCCUCAGCCGCCUUCUGACUCUGGCAUUUGGACUUCACCUGGAUCCGCUGAGUGGUCCUUCCUCGGCGGCCGAGGCUGUCUCUUUCCCCACACUGGGGGGUCUCUUCUCCCAGGGACUUGCACGAGUCCCGCCGAUGGCACUGAGCCCCUACAGGUGCUUCUCCCUGGGCCGCCUCCCAGGUUUGUGAGACAGUGCCUUCCCAAGACUGAAGGGUUUUCAUGUCCUGACCCUGCCCAAUCUCCUUUCUCCAGCCCUUAGGACUAUUUCCUCUUUGAGGAGUCCCUUUGUUCUCACCCUGGGGUGCCUCCCUACUCUGACCCUGGAAUGGCUUCCUUUUCUGACUCUGAGAUACAUCUGUGUUCUCCUCCUGGGAGGCAUUUCCUCUCUGACCCUGAGGGGUCUCUUCUGUCUGGCCCAUAGGGUCCUCCUUUCUCUGACUCUGAAGAGGGACCAAACUUAGCAGUUUCUGAGUUGCUGUCUCCUGACCCAGGCCAGAGUUCAGCCCCUGGGGGGUCUCUUGGGAUGCUGGCAGGAACUGCAAGGUCAGGACAGAGGGCUCUGGAGCUUCCCGUGUAAGCUUUCUCCCCUGCCAGCUCUGUAGGUGGGGCCUCUGCAUCAGGGGCUCUUCUUGGCUUCUCUCUUCCCUCUGGGCCAGAUCCUGGGAAUGAAGAGCACUUUGGGCCCAGGCUUGAGAGGGAAUUCCCAAGCCAAGGCCCUUCCCCCAGGGGAGCCCGGAGACCCCAGUGGCUGGUCCUUGCCUGAUUGCUGAAUUUACUAAACCCGAUGUAUGUGGUGUAAGAGGUGCUUCAGCAAUGGUUCCCUUUUUCACUUGGCUGCAGAGGCAGCCCCACUUCACCCAGCAGCCUCCUCCCAGGCCAACUCCAUCCCUGCUGUCCCAACCUGAGAGGGUCCUUGUCCAGGACAUUUCUGCCCAUUCACUUUGAGCUCUGAGUUUCCUGACUCCCCAGAGCUAGUGGUGGUAGGGUUCAGCUCUCGUAAGCGACCUGAGGAAGAAGGACCCACAUUGAGAGUGUUCACUGCUCACAUCCCAGCCUCUCACACACAUUCCCCCCUGAACUGCAACCAGGAAGCCCAAGGGGCCCCCAGUGCAUGGAAGACAAUGGAGCCCUGAGGGUGCUGCUUGACUUCAUGGCUGUCACAGUUUAUCAUUCCACAUUUAUUCCCACCACCUGCCAUGCACCUGCUUGUCAGGUGUGCCUGCCAAUAGCCAACUCCAUCUCCCUCAUCUUCCCAGCCAAGGCCGGCCACCAUGCAAUGCCUGAGUGAGAAAGGCCUGUUUGCUGGGCUCCCUCUGCUUAAGGAUACCCCCACUUGGUCCUGGCAUGCCUGUUAAGGCCCACAGAAGAAACCCACUGUUAUGUAUGUGUGCCAUAUUUUUUCCUGUUAAGGAAAAUCCUCCUUAGGCCUUUUUUUCUUUCUGGCAACAAAAUCAAAUGAAAUUUAAGAAGUGAAAUUUUAAGCCAGAGCCUGACCUAAAAAACUGCAAGUCUUCAUAAUUAACAAAAGAAAUCUAAAAAAGGGGGGAUGUGUUGUCACUGCUGCUGCAGCUGUGGAGGAAGGAGAGAUGUUCUGCAUCCGUAAGACUAGUUAAAGGAUCCUACUUUCGUAAGAUCUUAAAAAUCUUUCACAAGAAUGUUGCAGUUUUCUCUGGUAUGCAAUGCAGAGACCUGUGAAUAUUCAUAACAGUAACCAAAUGGGUGUGGUCUCUGUGGAAAUAGAUCUGAAUUUCAAAGGGUUUUGUGAACAAGAGUCUCAUGAGAGUUCCAGCUUUUAGAAAUGAUCACCACAGAACUGUGAAAACAGCCCCCACCCCUGCCUCUGGGAUGCCAAUCUGUUGUCUUACUAGAGAGUUUAUUUCCCAGGUAAUAGUGUAAUUGAUAUCUCUGUUUUCCCAAGAGAUAAAAUACUUAUAAAGCUAUCUGUCAAUCAAAAAAAAAUCAUUGACAGUCCUCUUCUUUCAUGUGUGUGUUGAACAACUAAAAGUUUAUGACUUUGUUGGUGUAUUGUUUAACAAAUAAUUUGAGUCUGUUUCCUUUAAAUUAACAGACUCAAGCCCACAGGGUCCAUCCCACCAAGUCCCAAUUGCCUUUUUAGUGCCGUGCUCUCACUGGGUUGUGAUCUCAAAGACUCAAGGUGUCUCUUAGUCUCCCAUAUGUCCCCAGUGCCUGGUAUAAGGGUGGCAAAUGGGUGGCCUGGAAUUGCUAUUCUACUUCCUUCUCCCUGAGCAGUCAGUGAUGGUCAUCCCUUUCCCUUUAACUGAGCCACAGUUUAGCUUCAGAAUCCUAUUGGGCACAGCAUCUGAGACAACUGGUGCCAGUCAGGGAAUUGGCACAUAAAACCAACUUGCCAUCCCUGGGUGACCUUGGCAUCCAGUGAAAAGGUGCAAGAUGCAGAAUAAGUGAAAAAUGAUGGAAGUCCUUGGACUUGGGAUGAGGACAUCCCUGCCUCUGUAUCUAAUCUGGUUUCUCCAACUUCAGGGGCUCCCUGCUGUCUUGGCUGCCCAUCACGUCCUGUCAACAUACCAACUGUGGCCUCUAUGGGUGUGCCAGGCUCUGCAUCUCUCCCAGCUUCACCCAGACCCACAGUAGAUGAUGGGUCUGCUGUCUUCAUCCUGCAGGAUCCAGGGGCUACCUCAGAGGCACCUCCAGCAGCCCUUGGCCUCUGGAGAAGGGAGGGAAUUUGCUUGCCAGUCUUCCUAGUCCCUAAUACCCCAACACCCUAAUUCUGAGUGCAGGUGGCCUCCCCUGAUCCCUGAACCCACUGGAUCUUGGAACUGGAAUUCAGAGGUUACCCUUCCAGGAGCUGUGGAGCAACCAUGGGUGUAACUGAGUGAAGACCUGGGAGGAAUCAGAGGCAUGAGGAGCAGGACUGUGGGAGGAGACAGGGGAAAAGGCCAGGUUCUUGGUCACACUGUGUGGCAACAUAGAGGGAGUGCCAGGGUCCCUGGGAGAAAGAUUUACCUCUCUGGGAACUGAUGCUUCUGGCUCAGGGAAUCCCUGGUCUGGGGUGGAGAGCACAGCCUGGAACUCUGGAAGGUUUGGGGGAGCCCAGGUCACAGGGCAGUGUCCCCUAGUGUGGUAGUCAGCCUCUAAGAUGCCCCUCCCAGUUCCUGUCUCCUGGCAUUCAUGCCUUAUGGCCUUAUGUUUCCCCUUUCCCUUCCCAUCCUCUGCAGAGAGGCUACUAACGGGCCCAAAGUGACUGGGGCAGCUGGUGACUGAACAGGGACUGGGAAGUACAUCUCCAGUCCUCACCUGUGUUCUGGGGUCCUCACCACAGCAUUCCCCUCCUGGAGGGUCUGCAUAGCUCCAACCCUGGAAGGAGCUCCCACCCAGCAGGGGUUGCUCAGUGUCUCUGUCUUAGCACCUCGCUGGGCACCAGUGCCCCUGCUCUCUGGAACCCUGCCAGGCAUAGCCCUCCCUCACACAGUCACAUGGAAAGGCUUCCUGGUGUGACCGCACAGUAGAUUUGACAAACCAGUAGUUAGCUAUGGAAUGACACUAGUCCCCACAAGUAGCAAGAGUUCAGACCCCUUGUUUGGAUGAGUUCACUGGUCCUCAGAGAAAGAUCGACCACCAUUCACAUUGUACAGCCAAGGAAACGGAGGCUCCCAGUCACAGGGAGCAUCAGAGCAGAGGUCUGAAUCUGGGCUGGGGGUCUUUAAAGCCCAAGCACCUUCCACAGCCACCCCAGUGUUUCACAGUGUCUCCACUCACCUGCUGCUCCGCAUCCCUGCCCAUCCUACCACCCAGCUGGCUGUGCUGGCUCCAUGCAUGCUGGGCCUGAUCCCUCCGACCACCAAACCGGAUCCGAGGGGCCCUGAAGAGGCCCAGCCCUGCUGCAGUCAGCAGCUCCAAGUCCCAGAGGAGCUGCAGGAAGGUGGAGAGCCAGAGUGUGAGGGGCACCCUGUGGCCCUCCCCCACCCCCAAUGGCUAGCCCUUACCUGCUCCUGGGCCCACCGGCUCCGCUCCAUCUCCAGCAGCACUGUGGUUAGCUCCAGCCCUGGGGGACAGCCCUGGUCCUCUUGCACCUGGUGGGGAUGGAAGGGAAGUAGAAUCAGGCCCCUGCCUGCCCCACUUGUAGGCACUGCUGACCUCCUCACCUGCCGAAGUGCAGUCUGGAGCUGGCCCAGGCUUGCAGGGUGCCUGAAGAUGAGGCAGUACAGGGCCAAGGCCUGCUUGGGGCUACAAGGGAGCCCUGGGCUCCCAGGCGUAGCUGCCUGUGCCAUGGGAAAGGGCUCAGGGCAGAUGUCCCCUCCUUCCUCUGCCUCUGCCAUCAGACCCUGGAAGGAGGUGGAGGACUGGGCACCGAGGACCAAGAGCAAGGAGAAACAAAGGCUCUGAUCUCAAUAAUUCAGGGCCACCCUGACACCUGAGCAGGGCCUGGGCACAGGAGCCUCACAAGAGACUCUGGCCUGACACCAAGAC